GCUGUGAUGGCGAUAAUGCGCGCUCGGACGCCAUAUUUAAUAUCGGCGUUGGAGUGUGCCGCUCUUCGCUCGCAAAUCUCCGCUCAAAUCGAUUCAAUUCGCUUUUAUCCCCUCAAAAACGCCGCGUCAGAAUGAGCGUCGAGGAGGAUGUGUUGCGUAUUCAAAGACGCUUGACGAAAAUGGCCUCAGAGGAUGCCAAAGGACAAGAGCAAGCGCUGGAUUUAUUGAAGGAAUUACAACGCAUGGAUAUUAAUUUGGAGGUGCUCACCAAGACUCGAAUUGGCAUGACAGUAAAUGCACUCAGAAAGUCCACAAAGGAUGAGGAAGUCAUCAGUUUAGCGCGAACGCUCAUCAAAAACUGGAAAAAGUUCUUGAGUGCCAGAGAUUCAGCUGCUGCUGGUGGUAAUUCCACAUCAAAUUCAAAGAAAGAAAAGAAAGAAGACAGGCCAAAAGAUGAUAAAGAUAAGGAGAAAGAUAAAAAACUACCAUGCUCAUUUCCACCAGUGUCAAAUACCACAGACUCUGUUAGAUUAAAGUGUAGGGAAAUGUUAGCUGUGGCAAUAGGUGCGGAAGUUGGAGGAGAAGAAUUUGAUGGUUGUGCAUCACCAGAAGAUUUGGCUGAGGAGUUAGAAGAAUGUAUUUAUCAAGAAUUCAAAAACACUGAUAUGCGGUACAAAAAUCGCGUGCGCUCACGAAUAUCGAAUUUGAAGGAUGUGAAGAAUCCACAAUUGCGGAUGAAUUUCCGCGUUGGAGCUAUUCCCGCAGCGCGUUUGGCUGUUAUGACUGCUGAGGAGAUGGCCAACGACGAAAUCAAGAAGGUUCGCGAGCGUUUCAUGAAGGAAGCAAUCAAUGAUGCUCAAUUAGCCACAGUGCAAGGAACCAAAACCGAGAUGUUGAAAUGUGGCAAAUGCAAAAAGAAGAAUUGCACGUACAAUCAACUGCAGACGCGAUCAUCCGACGAGCCGAUGACAACAUUCGUGCUCUGCAACGAGUGCGGCAAUCGUUGGAAGUUCUGUUAAGGCGACAAGCACCUAACUAGCGCGCGUUGAAUUGUAUUUGUUGGUUUGAUCAGUUUUUUGGUAAUUUGUAAUGAAUUUUAUGAAUCCUAGAGUUAAUUUUCGCUUGAUAUCGAUGAACUCCACUGGACUACCCGCUGCAGUUCAACAGUUGUUUGCAGUGGUUCAUUUAAUCUUAAACGGAAUAAUUAGAUUUUGUUUAAUUACACACUUGUCUUUUUUAUGACUGACUGGUUGGUUUUCAUUUACUUGUGUACAAAAAGGCGAAGUAAAGUUUUUUUUAGUGUG